GUGUCCCUUUUGGUGCCCAAGUGUGUGUGUGUGCAACUUCCUGCCAGUGAGGAAACCCUCAGCUCGAAUCAGCCUGGUUCUCCUUUCCCUUCUCAGGCUCACAGGAGGAGUUGGCGGGGAGCCAGGCGCUGCACUGGCCUCAGCCAGACUUCCCGGCCAAACGCGGGAGGAGAGAUGCCCUGGACUGUCUUGCUUUUUGCAGCUGGCUCCUUGGCGAUCCCGGCGCCGUCCAUCCUGCUGGUGCGCCCACACCCCAGCAGCCAAGAGGACCCCAUCUACAUCCAGUGCGAGGCCCCCUCGGGCUACCCAGGGGCCAAUUUCACAUUGUAUCAAGGGGAGCGUAAGGUCCAGCUCCUGCAGGCCCCCGCGGACCAGCUCAGGGUCACCUUCAACGUGAGUGACGGUGGCAAGGAAGCUCACGGGGAAAUAUUCCGCUGCCAGUAUGGCGUGCUGGGUGAAGAUAUGCGGCCCCAGCUGUCGGAAACGAGCGAGACCUUGCACGUCUCCCCAGCGUCCUCUAGCAUCCUGGUGCUCUCCUUGAGCCUGGUGGGAGCCCUCCUCCUCCUUGCUGGGCUGGUGACCAUUGCCGUGGUGGUCCGGAAAGUUAAAGCCAAAAAUUUGCAGAAGAAAAGAGAGCGAGAAUCCUGCUGGGCCCACAUUAACUUCCCCACCACAGACAUGUCCUUCGAUAACUCCCUGUUCACCAUGUCGUCGAAAAUGACUUUGGAAGGAGACACGGCCACCACGGAUGCUCACUCAGGCUCCGCUGUGACACCUGGCAGUUCCGAGUCCCGGAAGAGGCCCACCUGCACACCAUCCUCGCCUGAGCCCCCGGAAUUCAGCACUUUCCGGGUCUCCCCGUGAGGCCGAGGAUCGGGGGCCCCUCUCUCUGUGUCCGUGCGCCCCCCAUUCAGCCCUCUCCCUUGAGCUGGCCGGGUGCGUGGGGCCAGAGGUCCCUCCAGCUACUUCGGGGGCCUGGCUGUCUCUCUCUCAGGGAAUUGAACAGAGGAGACGAAGGGGGCCCCUGGCCUUGGCACCUACCUCACAGAGGAGCAGGAGUGGGAGAGGGGGCGCGGGCAUUGGCCUGGAGCCUGGAUGGAAAGCAGGAAGCUUCCUUUUGGAUUCCCAGCUUCUCAGACCUCCAGGGAAAGAGACGUUAGGAACCCUCUGGCCCCCAGCUGGGCCACAAGAGGUCUGAGCUCUGCACACACCCCUCUGAUUCCCCCCAUCUUCCAGCCACACCUGACUGGGCCAACCCGACUGGGUUUUUGGAUCAUGGGGUACCCAGGGUAUGUUCUGAGUGUCUGCCCUGCUGGCAUGCCUAAGUUAUUAAUUAUAACGCGUGUUGAGCUCUU